AGCUUCGUCCUGAUGAUCUUGAUUGGGUGGAUGAAGAACGGAAGCGAGCUGCCGCAGCGAAAGCUAGAAUGGAUGCGAAGGAAAGCGCGCGUACUGCCUGAACAUGUGUAGCCAGUUUUCAGGAUUCGUCACAAGCGCAGGCUUGACAAAGGACAAGUGUUCCGAUCUGUUGGAAUGUGCCAUCCAAUAGCAAGCCUGCGGACGCGGAGGUGCCACUGCGCUGCAGAUGGCGGCGACGGGUGGGAGAUUUGCCAGUUGAAAUUCCUGGAGUACCAGAUCUCUGCUGAUGACGUAGGCACAGACAUCUCUGUGGAGGCACAACCUGCCGAUGCAGAUGAUGGCCACCACGGUGUGGUUGUGGGAGAGAUUGGGCCCUUCGAGCUCGACCCUGCCACGCGGCGGAGUUUGGACAAUGCCCUGGGACUUGGAGGAAGCAGGUUCUCUGUGAUGCAGUCCAAGCUGCCGGGGGAGCCAGGUGGACGGCAGGAUCUGACAAUCCAAGUCUCAACAGAAGGUGUGCGGGUAGCGGCAGUGCAGGGUGGCAAGGACAACCGAGAAGUCUAUGCAGAGUACUCUGCAGAUUACCCCAAGGUGAUUAUUCACCCUUUGGACACCACAAAGUUUCAAUUGGUGAGCGAAGCGAAGACGUUCCACUUGAGAGCGCUCUCACGCACGUCCCGCGAUUUGAUCGCCUUGACGAUCCGCUGCUUCCAUGCGAAGAAGUACAUGUCAACUUCAAACAUAUUGCAGACCUUGCUGCCUGAAGCGGCCUCAACCGUUCAGCUACCUGAUGCUCCAGGUGCUGUCAUGCCCACAAUGGACUCGCGGCUGGAUUCCUGCAUUGUGCUGGAAAGGAUGCUGGCGGCCUACGAGACUGCUGCGGAUUGGCGUGAGACGAAGGCAAUGGACGGCGCAUACGCCGCGCUGUCAUGGGACGACAAUGCCGUGAAGGCUGCUGUGCCUGAAUACUUGAAUGCCACUGGUGAGGAGCGCGCGAAGGUUGACUAUGCCUUCAAUGCACUUGUUCCCCGUCCACCUCAAGACACUGAUGCCCGCCAGGCUGUGAUGCACACCUGGAUCAAAGCUCGCCUUUUCACCUACAACAAGGCACGAUGCAGCCGGUUUGUGGAAUGA